AUGGACCACCUGUUCCGGCAGCGGCGGAUUAGCGUGCCCAAGAGAACGAGCGAGCUGGUUGCGCUGGUGGCGGUAUCUUGCACGUUGUUCCUGUUCCUUCACACACGGGACUUGAGCACGAAGCUGCGGCGUAUGCAGGGAAGGCUUAACGAUGACGUCACAGCAUUCAACCACCUCACAGACAGAAUACCAACUGAUCGGUCGGAGCAUGCGUAUGCAUCUGCGCAAGAGUACAAAGAAGCUCUCGAGGCGAUAAGAAAACACACUGGCGCUGAGCGCAGCAAACCUCAGCGAACAUUAGAAGCUGAGCCAGAAGACUCCCAGCAGAUAGAAGAAGAACAAGAUUACUUAGAUGAACUUCUGAUUCCGGAUCCAUGGGAGUUAAACAAUACUGCGCGUGCCGGUACCGAUGUACUCUUCUUCAACAGGGUGCCAAAGGUCGGCAGUCAGACAUUCAUGGAGUUGCUUAGAAGAUUAGCUAUCAGGAAUCAGUUCAGGUUCAACCGAGAUGCAGUCCAGCGGGUGGAGACGAUUCGCUUGGCGCCGGUCGAUCAACAAAUACUUGCUGGUCUUGUGUCUGCAUAUACACCACCUGCCUCCUACAUAAAACAUGUUUGUUAUACCAACUUCACCAGGUACGGGUAUCCAUCACCUAUAUAUGUCAAUGUGGUACGCGACCCUGUGGAGCGCGUGAUCUCAUGGUACUACUACGUGCGAGCGCCCUGGUACUACGUUGAGAGGAAAAGGGCUUUCCCCGAUCUACCGUUACCUGAUCCAGCUUGGUUGAAAAAGGACUUUGAGACUUGCGUGCUGAGCGGGGACCGAGAGUGUCGCUACAUUGAAGGAGAGACCCAUGAAGGUAUUGGCGACCAUCGUCGUCAAACCCUGUUCUUCUGCGGACACGAGCCUCAAUGCACGCCUUUCAAUAGUGUAGAGGCAUUGCAGCGCGCUAAGCGUGUGGUGGAGCAACAGUAUGCAGUUGUAGGAGUGCUCGAAGACCUCAACUCCACACUCCUCGCCUUUGAAAGAUACGUGCCACGGUUCUUCGACGGCGCACUACAACUGUACUGGGAGGAGCUGAACACCUUCAACCGUAUCAACCGCAAUGCAUUCAAGCCUCCGGUUUCUGAGGCGGUCAAGCAAAUUGUUCGGGCGAACUUUACUAGAGAAAUUGAGUUCUACGAGUUUUGUAAGCAAAGACUUCACAUGCAACUAAGGGCACUACGAGACCCCACAAUCACUCUUCCUACCACCAGAAGUGGGAGAAGAAGGAGAGCAAGAAGACACGGUAGAGUGUAA